AUGCUGAGCUGGUUCGAGCGGUGGCGCGGUGUGCGCGGCAAGGGCGUCACGGUGACGUACACCGUGACGGAGGAGUCGCUCGACAACGCCUGGACUGCAUUCGAGGAUCGGUGGAACUUCGAAACCGGAUCUGGCUUCCGCAAGACUAUCGUGGCUCGUGAGGUCACGCAUGAGCGUAUGUCGGUCGGACGUCUGGCGUCGCGACUCUGCGAGCUGGCGUGGGCGGCGGACCGGCACUGCUGUUAUGUUCAUUACCUUGAAGGCUGUCCGAAGUGUCGCGGUUUCAGCCUUCCGCGACCGUACGAAGGCGAGUGGCGGCGUUAUGUCAAAGACCAUCCCCUCUCCGACGAUGAAAAGCACCUCAUCGGCUGCUACCGUCAGCGUCUCUACUAA